UGCAGAAAAGAAUUUACACAUUACCUGGAGGAAGCACGAUUCUGGGGCCAUCAACGUCACGUGUAAAGCUCAGGGUGUAUACCCAGAACCGAAGAUGUCGCUCUACACGUACAUGGAUAGUAAAAAUAAAUUUUUGUGGCGUAGGGAGAGCCUGAAGGAUGUGGAGGUGCAGGUGACGGUGGCCCACAAGUGCUACGACAUCUCUGCGACGAAAGUCCUGGAGAGCAGGGAGAUGCAGACCGACACUAUGUUUGACUGCGAGCUCAGGAUACCUGAAGCGAACUACGCCGUCAGAAGAAGCAUCAUGUAUUAUCCAGGAUUUCCUAAUCCUAUGAGUGGUAGUGCUACAAGCGGUAUACACUACAGGCGACUACUUGUACUGUUGUGCUUAUUGGCGCUAGUGUCUGCGACAGUCUCGGUCUGAUUACUACAGUGCUUCAGCUUCUGGGAAGUCAUGCGCCAUCUACGCGACCCCACACUCACACUACAGAGUGCAGAGUGCAGAGGACUCAAUGCAACAGUGUUUCAUCCGAAUUAUUGCGUAAAAUAACAAAUUAGUUCGAGUAGAAAAUAUUGGCAGAGACAUUUUAAGUGUCAGUUUUGUCUGUCCCAUUUUAUUUUUGGCCUAAUAACUUUGCGGAUUUGUAAUAUUUAUAAUAUAAAAUUCUACCUGAACUUUGUUACCCACUUCGAAUUGCAGCGUUAUUCUCAGCUGGAAGUUUUUCCUGAAGAAAUCUGCUACAUGUCUUUCGUUGUGUGUUAAUAUGAGGAGAGCAGGCUAGCACAAAUGAACAGGCGUCGUGUCCGUGAUUAAGGCACGACUGUAAAUGUCUCCAGUCACUAUAUAAAGUAACAUUUUUCGCUUAAACUUUGCUUUGUUCCGGAUCGUCUGAAUUUUGUUGUGAAAAUAAGUAUGGUCAAUUAAAAACGAUUUACAGCAUAACAGAAUUUAUGACUUGAAUAUUUCGGAACAUGCUAAAUAAUGAAUGAAACUUAGAAUUUCUACAAAGUAAUCUAACUGGUACCUCCAUAAAUAUAAAAUAAAAAAGUAAACAAAAAAA